AUGGCUAGUAUUUCAGCACUGCUGCUUUUUGCAGGACUGCUCCUUGGGUCCAAUGCUCAGCCUAUCGGCGGUAAGCCUCCGCAUUUCUUUCCCUAUCAUGGGAAGAUCGUGAAAGGCGACCUCGAGACGUUAGAAUUCUUAUCACCAAAUAAGGUCUUGACUAAGUUCGAGGGCCGUACUCUCUCCUUCUCCAAAAUAGGACAGUAUCUCACACCAGCUGUCUAUCACUUCUCUUCCCAGACCUUCGAUAUUCUAUAUGAGGUCUACGGAAUUAAUUCUCCGCAGCCCAACGAUGCCAAUAUAUGGAUGAGCGUGAGGUGCAAGAACCAGCCGCUUCAUGGUCGCUUCCAAAGCGAGUUCCAGGUCUCGCGUACUUCUAGUGACACUUCAAUAUACGUGGAUAAGGAUUAUGAGAUCUCCGUGGCCUCUGUACGUCGCCUGAACCAACUCAAGUUCUGGUUGAGGAGAAGAUGUGGUAUAACUACUAGCCACGACGAUUUCACUAAAGUACGUCAGGAGGUGGGUGGUAGAUUUGCUCCAGAGGUUGUGGUCACUGUUCUGAAUGGUGAAGAGAUCUAUCUUAGGAAACUUCCGUGA